AAGGUCUACACAGUCUUCAACAUUCUCUUUUCCUGCAGAACUCUCUCUCUCUCUCUCUCUCUCUCUCUCUUCAUCUUUCUCAGAAGUCUCCCCAGUCUCUCUCUCUCUCCAUCUCUUCCACUGUGUUUGUGAAGCUAAGGAGCUCCAAAGUUCCAAUUCAGCUGAUCAUCUUCUUCUUCGUCUUCUCCAUCCAUGGACACAGCUCAGUGGCCACAGGAGAUUGUGGUGAAGCCGUUAGAGGAAAUCGUAGUCCCGAUCCCGAACACGACAACCUUAUGUGCUCCGAAACAGAGCGGCAGCACUAGUACUGGCAAUAGUAAUGGCGUGGAGAGGAAGCCCCGGCCGCAGAAGGAGCAAGCCCUAAAUUGCCCUCGGUGUAACUCCACCAACACCAAGUUCUGCUACUAUAACAACUACAGCCUCACUCAGCCCCGCUACUUCUGCAAGACCUGCCGCCGCUACUGGACCGAGGGCGGCUCCCUCCGCAACAUCCCCGUUGGCGGAGGCUCCCGCAAGAACAAGGGCCGCCCCUCCUCCUCUGCCUGCUCCACCUCAUCCACGUCCACAUCAACCUCAUCUUCCUCGGCCCCGCCACCAAUGAUCAACCCCCUCCUCGAUCCCCACCACAUGAUGUCAGCCUCUAAGAUGAGGGUUUCAUCCUCCUCUGCUGCCACCGCCGCCGCCAUGUGUAACGGUCAAAACCCUAGCAAGGGUCAAGGUCAAGAUCUCAGCCUCGGGUCGUCCCUGGAGCUCUUGAACUCGAAAGGGCUGCUGAGCUCGUUCAUGUCUAUGCCGCUCUCGGUCUCUCAUGACCCCAGCGGUGUCUACACUCCGCCGCCACCUCACGGACUGUUCCCGGGAUUUCAGGACAUGAAGCCUGCCUCUGGGCUUGGGUUCUCGCUCGACGGGAUGGGAGGAGGGUUCCGGAGUGCCCUACAGGACAGUGCUGGUAAUAUGGACAAUGGAGGUGGGAGGCUUCUCUUUCCCUUUGAGGAAUUAAAACAAACCAAUGAUUCAGUGGAGCAUCACCAGGACAAUAGAUCAGGAGAUAAUCAUCAACACCAGCAGCAACAACAAGCAUCAGAUCAUCAUCAUCAUCCUAAUGGGUUUUGGAGUGGAAUUUUGGGUGGAGGAUCAUGGUAAAGAUCAGUCAAUUAAGUUCAUAAAACUUAAAAAAAAGAAGAAGAAGAAGAAGAAGAAGAAGAAAAGAGUAAUUAAAUAUUAUUUGGGUAUUUAUUUUUUUUUCCUUUCUUACUUUUUAUUGGGUUUUUAGUUCACUUUUUCCCCCCUUUUUUGAUAUGAUCACGAGGUUCUUUUUCUUCCCUUCCUCUUUGAUGGGUGUUGAUGGAUUUUGUUGGAUGCUAACAGAUAGGCUCAAUAUGUGUUUCUUCUGAUCUCUCUAUGUGGUUCUGUGUCUAUAUAUAUAUGCAUAUGUAUAUUUUGUUUAUCAA